AUGGCCACCGUUACCUACGCGCUCGCAUCCGUCCCUUCCUCCCUUCUCUCCUCGCUCUCCUCGUCCUCCGUUCGCCCCGUCACCUAUCCACUCUCCGCAGAACUUGGACGCGUCCGAGUCCGAUCGGACGCACACCCAGAACCCGUCAGCUUCGCAUCGUCCUUCCGGCCGACACGCAGUCUCACCUCGCCCCCUUCGCGCCUACUCUCUCGCCCCGCGCUCUUCGUCAGCACGCCCUCGAGCACCGUCGUAGCGCUCAGCUCCGAAGCAAACCCCCUCGACGGCGAAAGUCAACGCUGUGGACAUCGACCGCGACAAGACGUCGUCGCACGCCGACCACAGCAGCAACAACCAAACAGAGUAAGCGAGGGCAGAGAGGAGGGCAGAGAGGAGGGCGUCGACGAGCACGGCUCGUUCAUGCCCUUCGUCUCUCCUCCUCCGCUCUCCUUUUAUACCUCCGUGUCCAGCAGCCACUCACCCCAUUCCUCCAGCAUAUUGCACCUACAUGUGCUUGCCGAGAGGCCCGUCACCACGUCUCCCAGACUACCGCCCUCGCCGCGCCGCGCUCGUCCUCGGCCCACCGUCGCAGUUCCACGCACCGUGACGCACACACGCUGUGCACGGCGCAUGCCCAUUGCCUACCCGCUGUCCGCGCUGCGGGACGACCGCUACGCGACCGGCGCUUCCCAGACGCACACAGACGAGCACGGAGGACCGCGGCUCGUACGCCUCACGCUUGACGUCAGCAAGACCACGCCCCCGGUCGACAGAAACGGCUACCGCCCGCCCGCCGCCGCCGUACGAGCCGAGAGGAUCGCGUCCGUCGCCAAGCCCAUCCUCGCGCGUCCGGACGCGACGGAACCAGCCCAGGUGCGGCGGCCGUCGACGCUGUGGAAACGAGGGCACCAGGCGCCCCAAUUGCGAGAGGAGCGGACACUCCAGAGGCGGUGA